AUGGCAGACGCAUAUCUCCUAACCUUACUUCUAAUAUCUCUUCUGCUUAUAAUUGGCGCAACAUCAAUCUGUUGCUAUAUAUGCCGUCGUUGCUGUAGACGAGAACGAAACGGACUUCCCUAUUCUUAUCACUUCCCAAGUAGUCAUAGCAGCAGUAGUAGUGAUACGUCGUCUUCGUCCUCGUCCCCAAAUCUUUUAAAUUCCAAUGACAUUGACCCACUCAACGCAUUUCCUCCGUUUAAUGGUCUGGUGGAUGAUCGAGUCGUGUACGUCUAUCAAUAUAAUCCAAACGGGGAGGAGUUCAUGAUGGGUACAGAGGGUGGAAAUGUUCCAGGUCUGAUAAAUGGAAGACCACAACCUGCUUAUGGCGGGAAUGGACGGUAUUAUGUCCCGCAGAUGCCAUUGAUUUCACAUCCACCGUAUUAUGACGAUGAACCGCCAAAGUAUGAAGACAUAAUGAAUUUAACGGUGUUAGGUAAUGAAGGGGGUGGAUCAAGUUCUUCUGCGACAGCUUAUCAAGGAGCACAAGGUUCAAGUACUCAUAUAGAGAUGGAGCCUUAUAGGGAUGAGGUGGAUGACGAUAAUAAUAGUGUCGGAACAACUCCUCAGAACUAUGUACUAUUUUCUAUUUAUCCGCACCAAAGUUAUUGUACUGUUACUGUCAUAGCGAUAGUUAUUCAAACAAUUCGAACAGGCGAAAGCCUUUUCUCAAAGAAAUUAAACAAUUGCAAAUUCUAG